AUGGCAGAAAAGCAGGAGCCCAGCAAUGCCCAGAAUGGAGAACCCGACAACGCAGAGGAGGGCGAGGAGAAGAAGAAGAAGGUGAAGCGGGAAGAUCUGCCACCAUUUGAAAUUGUGACAGGGGAGCGCCUCCCAGCCAUAUUUUUCAAGUUUCAGUUCAGGAAUGUGGAGUACAGCUCAGGCAGGAACAAAACCUUCCUGUGCUACGUCCUGGAGACCCAAGGCAAGGAGUCGGUAACUUCCCGGGGCUAUCUGGAAGACGAGCACGCGGCAGCGCACGCGGAAAUCGCCUUCUUCAACACUAUCCUGCCCAAGUGCGAGUCCGGCAGCCGCUACAACAUCACCUGGUACGUGUCGUCCAGCCCCUGCGUGGCCUGCGCCGACCGCAUCACGGAGACCCUGCGCAGGAACAAGAACGUGCGCCUCACCAUCAUGGUGGGGCGCCUCUUCAUGUGGGAAGAGCCCGAAAUGCAGGCUGCCCUCAAGAAGAUGAAGGCAGCCGGCUGCAAGCUGCGCAUUAUGAAGCCUCAAGACUUUGAGUAUGUCUGGCAGAACUUUGUGGAGCAGGAGGAAGGGCAGGAAGCGAAGGCUUUCGUGCCAUGGGAGGACAUUCAAGAGAACUUCCAGUACUACGAGGAGAAGCUGGCUGAGAUUCUGCACUGAAGCUCACGUGAGUGAGGAUUUCCC